ACCAAUAUCAUGGAGGCCACAGGGUUCUGUGGAAUGGAGGUGGCGACUCGGGGGCUAGUGGGGGGAUCUGGUAGCAGCUCCCCUCCAGAGCUGGACAGCCCAGGUAGCCAGGAACACCUGGGGAUGUUUGAGCUGGUCAGUAGCUGCUGCAGUGAGGAGGUGAGAGGGGAGACUCCAGGGAGAGAGGACUGCCCCCUGGACCCCAACAAUGCUGAGCUGGACCCAGGCGGUGGUGGUGGCAAGAUCAAGGACCAAAAGGGAUUGGGAAAAGAGGUUCUCCUACUGAUGCAAGCCCUGACCACACUAGCCUCCCCAGAGGAGAAGCUGGCCGCUUUGUGCAAGAAGUAUGCUGAUUCGCUGGAGGAGAGCCGCAGUAUGCAGAAGCAGGUGAAGGUGCUGCAGAAGAAGCAGUCCCAGAUGGUCAAAGAGAAGAUCCACCUGCAGAGUGAACACAGCAAAGCCAUCCUGGCACGCAGCAAGCUGGAGAGCCUCUGUAGGGAACUGCAGAGACACAAUAAGACCCUCAAGGAUGACAACACGCAACGGUCCAGAGAGUAUGAGGAGCGUCGGAAGGAGGCCACCCUUCACUUCCAGAUGACGCUGAACCAGAUCGAGGUACAGAUGGAGCAGCACAACACCCACAACUCCAAGCUGCGCCAGGAGAACAUGGAGCUGGCCCAGAAACUCAAGAAGCUCAUCAAACAGUACGAGCUCAGGGAGGAGCACAUUGACAAGGUGUUCAAGCACAAGGAGAAACAGCAGCAGUUGGUGGAUGCCAAGCUCCAGAGGACAGCUGAGCUGAUGAGAGAGUUGGAGGGGAAGCAGCAGAGGGAGAGAGACUUUCUCCUGAAAGACGCCACAGAGUGGAGACAUGAGUGUGAGCUGUUGAAGGAACAGGAGACUCAGCUCAAACAGCAGCUCUCUUUGUACAUGGACAAGUUUGAGGAGUUUCAGACCACUCUGGCGAAAAGCAACGAGGUGUUCACUACCUUCAGACAGGAGAUGGAGAAGAUGACCAAGAAGAUCAAGAAGCUGGAGAAGGAGACGACUCUGUGGAGAACGAAGUGGGAGACCAACAACCAGGCUCUGCUACAGAUGGCUGAGGAGAAGACACUGCGGGACAAACAUUACAAGGGCCUGCAUGGGAAGCUGGAGUGCUUGGAGAAGCUGUGCCGGGCUUUGCAGAAGGAGAGGGACGACCUCACCACCAAACUGGGAGAUCUACAGUCAACUCCCGAGGAGGAAGAGGGGACGGGACCUCCAGACCCCCAGCCCAGCCAGGAGUCUACCCAGGAUGAGAUGGCUCUGCCUGGGAGGGGGGAAGAGACGCAGCCCCCUACUACCCCUGAACUGGAGAUAGAGUCCUCCACCACAGAGCAACUUGACAACUGAGCCACUAACUGCCUUUUUGGGGGUAUAUUUGAAUACAGUAUAUCUUUUUUUUUUGUGUUAAAGUUAUAAUUAAGAUUAAAAUGACUGCAUUAUUAACAAUGAAUAUAAUACUUUUUGCCCUGACUGUACAUUGUAAAAAUGGGCUUUGUGUUGAGCACUAGGCUCCCCCCUUUUCUACCACAUUUGUAUUUUCUUAGAUGAUUGUCUUCAUGCUGUUGGUCAGUCACAGGGCUGUUAGUCAGUCACAUGGCUGUUGGUCAGCAGCUUUCCUGUGGUCAGUCACAGGGCUGUUGGUCAGCAGCUUUCUCGUGGUCAGUCACAGGGCUGUUGGUCAGCAGCUUUCCUGUGGUCAGUCACAGGGCUGUUGGUCAGCAGCUUUCUCGUGGUCAGUCACAGGGCUGUUGGUCAGCAGCUUUCCUGUGGUCAGUCACAGGGCUGUUGUUCAGCAGCUUUCUCGUGGUCAGUCACAGGGCUGUUGUUCAACAGGUUUCCCGUGGUCAGUCACAGGGCUGUUGUUCAGCAGCUUUCCCGUGGUCAGUCACAGGGCUGUUGGUCAGCAGCUUUCCUGUGGUCAGUCACAGGGCUGUUGGUCAGCAGCUUUCUCGUGGUCAGUCACAGGGCUGUUGGUCAGCAGCUUUCCUGUGGUCAGUCACAGGGCUGUUGGUCAGCAGCUUUCCAGUUGGACUAAAAUUAUACUUUUUCUUUCUCCCGUCUCCCAAUUUCCUCUACAGUCUGGCACCGUCUCUUUGCCGCUUUCUUCCAUUGAAAUAUCUAUAUUUUGGAGCUGUGGAAUUGUAGUCAGAUUACAUCUCUUUUGGAACUCUUAACAGUGUUCAGAUUAAAUAUAUUCUGAACUGAUAUUGUAGUGGGAUUUAAAUUCUAUCAUAUGCAUAUUGCUAUAUUGAAGUAGCCUUGUUGCAUCGUCGUGACUAACUGAAUCUUGUCUCUGUCUAGGAACAGAAAUAGCAGGGCAUUGUAUAGUAGAAGAGUUGCAAACACAAUGUUUAUCUCAGAGCAGGGUCCAUAGAUUUACUAGAAUGGGAAUUCCCAUUCAAGUCAAUGUAACAUGAUUGGUUGACUUGUAUUUCUAUGGUUGGGUUGUCAUGAUGGAAUCUCCUGGCUUUCUAAUACCUCAGCACUGGUGUUUAGUUUCAGUCAAGUCUCCUUUUUGAAGCACCUGGGAAUUGAAAAGGAACAUCCCUGUCCUUUUAACAUAAGCGACUGAGUCUAAAGGGUUAAAUCCGUUCAACUUUGACCAAGAUGCUAUCCAGUCAACAGACAGCACGUUCAGUCAUUGUAAGUUCCCAGUUUCUGCAGGAGGACCCCUGGUUCUGAUGCUGCUGUACCUACAGGCUUGUAAUUCCAGUAGCCUGGCCCUAGAUCUGUGUGCUGUCUGGUCCAACUUGACCAUAAGAGUUGGCAAACAGCACAAUAGACCUGGGACCAGGCUAUCAUUCCAAUACUCCAAGUGCCAAACGGUUCUCCAGCUCACCUUAAAACUGAUACCUCCACAUGAUGGAGAGAGGGGUCAUUCGGUUCAGUUUACCCAAUGGCUAAGGGCUCACAAUGUAAUUUUACUUGUGUGUGAUCAUUAGAAGUCAGUGAGGCACUUUACUGCAGACAGUGUGGGCCUUCAGGAACUGGGUCUGCUUGGUAACUUAGGGUUGUGUUCCAGACCAGUGAACAUACAUUUAUAUGGGACGUAAUGUUCCUUGGGCUCCAAAUAGGCUUCUUUCUAUUCCUUAUGCUGGUGUUUUGUUGACAGACAUUGGUUUUAUUUCUGGAAGCAAAAAAAGACAUGGAUUUAUAAGGUGCCUUGUCAUCUUAAAUACUUUAUACUGGAAAAACGUCAUUUGCUAAUUGUUUUUACAAAUGGAACGUAUGUAAUUCAAACAUUACAACACGAUGCGAAUGUUCUUAUUGAACUUAUUUGGCAUUGGAGAUACUUGCCCACAAUGUGAAAAUGUGUGGAGUACUAUGAAUGUAGAUAAUGUACCUGAAUGUUGCCAAUCUCUUGUAAUGAGAAUGAUGGUGGUUUUGGGCACCAGGUCAGGGUUGUGUUCAUUACGCAUCAAACAAGAAAACACAUUUAAACUGGGUUAAAUAUUUAAUCUGUGAUCGGAUGCAUGCCCUAAAACACUACCCAGGUUCCCCUACUGGCCCGAUCACCUAUCUAGAAACCUCACUGAUAUCACCAGCUCACACUUUUACAUUCUUUUGUUUUCUUGUGAACUUGGUAUGUCAUAAGGGUUUAAUUCAGAGCAUAGCCCCUGAAGUUCUAAAUGUGAAUGUUAAGAUGGGGCCAAACCACAGUUUGGGGGGGGUUCUGUAUCUUAACCCCCUCAAGUCUAAAUCAAGUUCAAUACUUUAAUCUGUGACGCUAUAGGAUUGUGGUCCAGGCCAGUUGGAUGUAGCCUGAGUCCAUCUGCUUGGGCUAUUAUGCCAACUCAUUGUCAUGCUAAUGUUUGGCUUGACUGACAGCAAUGAAGUAGGCAAAAAGCACAGACUGGCACUCAGGCUAUUGUGGAUGCCCGUCAGUUAAACUCAGGUUAUGUAAAGACAUCUACCUCUGCAGGUGAGAACUGUGAAAGCAGAGCUAGUUAAUGUUCAGAAAGCUUUGAGCCCACUUUCCCCUUUACAAGAUUGUGAAAUGUUCUUAUAGUCCCGUCUCUCGCUUUUCAAUAAACUAUUUUGUAGAAUUUCUAA